AGCGUGCUCAUGUAACUGGUUGUGUAAAGACGGGUUGGUGUCGUGUGUGAACUACGCUUCCUCUACAACAGCAGCUCCCCUCUCGCUGGUCAUUGUUCUCCUAAAUCCUAUUUAUUUCUUCGUUUCGAGCUGCAGUCACAGCAGCUUCACUUGAAGCUUCGCAUCUUGCAUGUUGAUCGGGUUGUGGAAGAGCUCGUCCAUUUCUUCUGCAUCAAAGCUGUUGCUGGGAGUUUGCUUUCUUCAUCGGCCCAGACCGACCCUCCUCUUCAAGCUCAGACCAGCCGCCCCUGAACCUGCCAUGUCAGACAAGAAACGGAAAGCAACAUCUGCUGCAGAGGGCAAGGAGCCCAGCGCCAAGCAGCCCAAGCUGGGGGAGGAGAGGAUGGAGCUGAAGAAGGAGCUGAAGCUGGGGAAGGAGGAGAAGAAGGUGGAGAAGAUUACGCUGAAGAAGGAGGUGAAGAAGGUGGAGCAGGUGACGCUGAAGAAGGAGGUGAAACUGGGGAAGGAGGUGAAGCAGGUGGAGAAGAUUACGCUGAAGAAGGAGGUGAAGCAGGUGGAGAAGAUUACGCUGAAGAAGGAGGUGAAGCAGGUGAAGCAAUUGAAGCUGGUGAAGGAGCUGAAGCAGGUUAAGUUGGUGAAGGAGGGGAAGGAGGUUAACAAGGAGAAGAAAGCUGCAGGUUGGCUGCAAAGCCUCAUCCAUCAGCAGAGGACCGAGAACAAGGACAUGAAAUUCAACAAGAAGCGUCAACGUUUCAUAACCGACUGUGAGAAGAUCAGGAAGGACUCGGAGGGCGUGCUUUACUGGAUGUUGAGAGACCAACGAGUGCAAGAUAACUGGGCUCUGAUCCGAGCCCAGCAGCUGGCUGCGAAGGAGAGCCUCCCCUUGCACGUGUGUUACUGCUUGGUUGUCCCCGAAUCCGAGCUGUCCACGCUGAGACAUUACGCCUUUCUGCUGAAAGGUCUGAAACAAGUUGCAAAGGAAUGCAAACGCCUGAACAUCCAGUUCCACCUUCUGCACGGGGCUGCGGGAGGAGUCCUCCCCGGCUUCGUGUCGGAGCACGGCUUCGGGGCGGUGGUGACCGACUUCUCCCCCCUCAGGGAGCCGCUGCAGUGGCUGGAGGACGUCAAGAAGAAGCUCCCAGAGGACGUGCCCCUCCUACAGGUGGAUGCUCACAACGUGGUGCCGUGCUGGGUGGCGUCGCCCAAGCUGGAGUACGGGGCCCGGACCAUCAGAGGAAAGAUCACCAAGCUGCUGCCGGAGUUCCUCACCGACUUCCCUGCCGUAGAGGAGCACCCGCACGCCGCCGCGGGAACCGCCAAACCCGUGGACUGGGCCGGGACCCUGGCCUCCCUGCAGGUGGACCGGACGGUGGCGGAGCCGCAGUGGGCGGAGCCCGGGCCCGCGGGGGGCGCGGCCAUGCUGGAGUCCUUCAUCGACGUCCGCCUGAAGCUGUUCGGCUCCCAGCGCAACGACCCCAACGUGGCCGCCCUCAGCCAGCUGUCGCCGUGGCUACGCUUCGGCCAGCUGUCGGCCCAGCGUGUGGCGCUGCAAGUCCGGCGGUACGGGAAGGCCAGUGAGUCCGUCCCCCCCUUCAUCGAGGAGCUGGUGGUGCGCAGAGAGCUGACGGACAACUUCUGCUUCUACAACGAGAAGUACGACAGCGUGGAAGGGGCGUACGCGUGGGCUCAGAAGACGCUGCAGGAUCAUGCCGGAGACAAGAGGGAGUAUCUGUACACGCGGGAGCAGCUGGAGAAGGCCCAGACGCAUGACAAGCUGUGGAACGGUGCUCAGUAUCAAAUGGUGACGGAGGGGAAGAUGCACGGCUUCUUGAGGAUGUACUGGGCCAAGAAGAUUCUGGAGUGGACCCGCUCGCCAGAGGAGGCUCUCUCCAUCGCUCUGUACCUGAACGACCGCUACGAGCUGGACGGCCAGGACCCCAACGGCUUCGUGGGGUGCAUGUGGUCCAUCUGCGGCAUCCACGACCAGGGCUGGGCAGAGAGGCCCGUUUUCGGGAAAAUCCGCUUCAUGAACUACAAAGGCUGCCUUCGGAAGUUUAAGGUGGCCGAGUUUGAGAGGAAGUACUGUCCUAAGAAGCUGUGAGGCUCCUCCAGGACGUGUUGUCUCACCUCAGGGAGCUUCUCCACCACCUCCAGCAGUGCAGGCCUUACGCUUUGCAUUAUUAGUCUUAUUGAUAUUCGUCCACUCCCAUCACCACUGGAAGCUGUUUGUGGAAGUUGGAGAAACGUUUGUUGUUUCACUUGUUUAACCUGUACAUGCUUUUUUUUUAUAUCAGCUAUAUUUGGAUGGGAGAUGUUUGUAUCAUUUUUAUGUCUUUUCUACUACUCCAGUAGCCGUUAUUGUUACAAAUAAAAUAUUAUUGGAUUAAAAAACGGGUAAAUGCCCACCAACCUGAUGGAAUUACUUUCUGUUUACAGUUUUCUCAAUACAAUUGAAUAAAAGCUGAACUACAACAUGUAAAACUUCAGGAGACUCUUAUUUGAGCUGAACUCAGAUUAAGUUACAAGUUUAAAUACGGCCUCCUCUGAGCUACUCUCAUAUGGAAGCAUAUGAGGGACUAUAUUCAAAUUAAAAUGCAUUUGCGGAAAUGCUUUUUCAUUUUAAGAAUGUGGUUGCAUUAUUUGACCCAUAAAUCAAAUUAAUAAUAUUUAAUCCAAUUUGCAUUUUAAUUUCCGUAUUCAACACUGCUCAUUCUGGUACUUAAUUCAAAUUAAAAGGAAAAAGAAGUUUGAGAUUUAAUUUUCAAAUCAUGCCUCAGCAAAUAG